GUGAGACGCGUAGGGAGAGGUAGGGAUGGAAAGCGAAUCGUACCUAACCUCUUCUACCUACCCCCUCUCUCGUUCUACGAACGAGUAGACAUAAAGAAACCUCCUUUCGCAUUCCUUCAACCCAGUUAACCUUCUUUGUUUUGUAAUCUCAUUUGCUUUCUUCAUUGUCGUUAAUUCUCUUGUUUUGGCAUUUGAAUCUUUGUCUCAUCUUCCUUCCAUCCAUCAAUCCAUCGAAUAAUGGAGCUAAAGCUGUUAAAAGUUGCCUCUCCAUCAAUCUCUUCUUCUUCUUCUUCUUCUUCACCACAUCUUCUUUUCAAAACCGCACAACAAUUUCUUCCCUUCAAAACCAGCCCGAAAAAGAAUUCCUCCAUCUCUCUUCUACUUUCUUCGCCAGCAGGAAGAAAAGGCUUACUUUCCAUAUCUAAUUCCGCUACUUCUCCUUUCAGAUUGGAGAAGAAGAGAAGGGUGGAUGAGAGUGAAACCUUGACCCUGGACGGAAUACGAAGCUCUUUAAUCCGACAAGAAGAUAGUAUUAUUUUUAGCCUUUUGGAAAGAGCGCAAUAUUGUUACAAUGCCGACACUUAUGAUCAUAAUGUCUUUACCAUGGAUGGUUUCCAUGGCUCCUUAGUCGAGUUUAUGGUCAUGGAAACUGAGAAGCUUCACGCACAGGUGGGCAGAUACAAAAGCCCGGAUGAACAUCCUUUCUUUCCAGCAGAUUUACCUGAGCCCAUUUUGCCACCUUUGCAGUACCCACAGGUGCUGCAUCCGAUAGCUGAUUGCAUCAACAUAAACAUGAAGAUAUGGGUUAUGUAUUUUAACCAUCUUCUUCGAAGAUUGGUUGAAGAAGGAGAUGAUGGUAAUUGUGGAUCAACGGCUGUUUGUGACACAAUUUGUCUGCAGGCGCUCUCAAAGAGAAUCCAUUAUGGUAAGUUUGUAGCAGAGGCAAAGUUUCGAGCCUCCCCAGUUGUCUACGAGGCUGCCAUCAGAGCACAAGACAGGGCCCAGUUGAUGGAUUUGCUAACAUAUGAGAAGGUGGAAGCAGCUAUAAAGGAAAGAGUAGAAAUGAAGGCGAAGAUCUACGGUCAGGAGAUUGGUCUCAAUGAGAAAAGUGGAGGUACUCCAGUGUACAAAAUCAAGCCAAGCGUAGUUGCUCAUCUCUAUGGAGAAUGGAUCAUGCCACUGACAAAGGAAGUUCAGAUUGAAUACUUGCUAAGAAGAUUGGAUUGAAGGGAGAAUAUUUGCAUUAUUUGCGGCUUACAAAAUUCUACGGAGAAUUUGAGUAUUGAAAAGAAAAGGCUCACUUAAAUGUGCCUAGUCCUUAUUACAUAAGGUAGUGUGACAAAUAUUAAUAUUAUUUUUCACUAGAAACAUGAGGAUUUUCAGUUUCAUAUAUGAUAUAAUGAUGAUUUGUGAUUUGU